AAUUGCAUAUAAGAAUUGUAAGGUGUACCUGGCAGUUCCUGUACACCUCCUGUUUGUUGGCUUAGUGCCACAAGUCACACCAGGAUACAUGGAGACAGCAAGAUAAACUGUCCUAUCACAAAUAUUACAAGUAAAACUUGUUUUUACUAAAAAUCUUGACAAAUGUUAUGUUAAUUCAGCACAAAUUUAGUCCUACAACUCUCCAUGGUAAUCAUCAUAAACAUUUAGAACUAGUCUUGAAAAAAUACCUAAAAUGUCAAAGGUGUCUGUGCAGCACUCAUAUUUAGUUGCAGUGCUGUUCCCACCGAAUGUUUUGUCCUCUACACCUGGUUUAAAUAUCAAAAGCACACACCCAGAGUUACUUGUCCUAAAUUCCUCGAGCAGCUCCCAUGGGCUGUAGCCUAUGUCACCACACUUAAGGCACACGGCAAUGGAGCCUACGAUGGCUCUUUGACGCAACUGUCCACUUAUUGGUCGGCUGUGAGAAGAGAGCUAAUAGAGGGAGGAUAAGGAGGACUUCGCGCAGGUCACAGUCACCCCUACCGCAUGGGACUCGCCGUGUCUUUAUUUUCAGACUAGUAACUAAGGGCAGAACAUUUUGCAACUCUCUGAAUACAUUAAAAAGCCUUUGAAGGGCUCACUUUGUUUACUUCCCCUUCCAUGGUCAAGUCUGCGAAAAGUAGUAGCGCAUCUGUUACUGACGUCUUCUGGCUCACUUGUUGCGCUGUGCCGGACUGGAGGACUCACCUGACAUUGAGAAUUAAGUGUUACGCGCCAGGAACGGCUCUCUAAUCUCUGAUCUCUUGGAUUACUCCUCCAAUGGACGCGACUUGGCCUCUGUCUGUGAUUUUUGGCCACACUUUUACGCACAGUUGGGACUACUUUGGUGCGCAUUAUAGCCCGCACUUUUAGAUUUUUACGAUGGAUUAAACAUUCAUUUUUUGUUACACAAUGGUUUGAUCAUUGUGUCGUGAACACAUUUUUGGAUUAAUAAAUCGCCACCAUGCACUCUCAUCACGCUAAAUAAUGAUGAUUGGGUUCCAGCAGCGCGCGGCGGUACGUUGGAUUAACCGACUUUCUACCAAUCUGCGAUCAAGCACCUUUUUAUUCCUUUGAGACUCUUUUGACCUGUUUUUAUCUAUUCACGGGCGAUGGAUGGUGAGUUGAGACCGAGGCUCUGUUUCCUCACUAAAGGAGAGCGCGGAUAUGGCUUUCACUUGCACGGGGAGAGGAAUAAAGGCGGACAGUUCAUUCGGAAAGUGGAACCGGGCUCCUGCGCUGACUUGGCCGGACUAAGAGCAGGAGACAGAGUGGUAGAGGUGAAUGGAGAAAAUGUGGAAAACGCAACGCACCAUGAAGUGGUCAGCCGAAUCCGAGAGGUGGAUUUCCGCACAAGGCUGCUGGUGGUGGAUAGAGAAACAGAAGAGUACCUCCACAGUCGUGGCUUGACCUGCACAGAGGCUCUGGCCAUUGAAAUGGGCACUCUGUCCCCACGUCCCUCUCCAGCCCCCACUCCCAGCACCUCACCCAUCCCACCCUUCCUGCUAAGGGAGCUCGAAGCAUUGUCCCCCAAAACGAACCGCACAUAUGCCCUGUCCGCAGUGCACCCCCUCACCAUCUCGCACUCUCCCACUCCGACAAUCACUGAUGGGAAGUCUUCAAGAAACUCUAUUGCUUCAAGCAUCACUGCAGACACAGAGUUGCAGGGAGAACCUUCACCUGAGCCGACCCCCGACCUCCUACCUCGUCUGUGUCACCUCCUGAAGAGCGACAGUGGCUACGGCUUCAAUCUCCAUAGCAAAAAGAAGAAGGCAGGGCAGUUUGUGCGAUCUGUGGAUCCUGGCUCUCCAGCUGAACAAGCAGACAUUAGGCCAGGAGACAGGAUAGUAGAGGUGAAUGGGUUGAAUGUAGAUGGGCUCAAACACUCGGAGGUGGUGACUUUUAUCCGAGCUGGAGGAGACGAAGUGCAGCUGCUUGUAGUGGAUCAAGAGACUGACGAGCUCUUCAAGCGCCUGGGAAUCACACCCACAACCAGCCACGUCAAAGAGGUCUAUGUGGACGAAGUUUCCACUGAAAGCAUCCCCCCAACUCCAUCUCCAACUAUCGACCUCUCAUCGUCCCACCCCCCAAUCAUCAAUGUCACCCUUACGGACGGCUCCAUCAGCCCCAAAUCCUCUCCCAAAUCUCGGACCAACGGGAGCACCGCGUCCCAGUCCUCCAGAAGCUCCACCACACAGUCCGAGAUCAGCAGCUCUGAUAUGAGCAUUCAGGUCCCAGAUGAGGAUGACAGGUGUGUGUCAGACCCCUUUGCGGAGGGCGGCCUGCGCUUGAGUCCGACAGCUGCAGAGGCCAGGAAGAAGGCCGUGGCCAGUCGCAAUAAGAAGAGAGCACCUCCAAUGGACUGGAGUAAGAAGAAAGAGAUAUUCAGUAACUAUUGAAAACUACAGUGGUAUGGAUAUAUAAAGUAUCUAAUUUGAAGUAGGAUGUGGACAGACAUUGGGGUUGAGGUUGUGGAUUCUCAGCUGAAGAACACUGUAAAACAAGGGCUUUCUGUGGAUCAAUCGAGCAUCGCUCUUGCAUGAUCAGUUAUUGUUCGGUUAUGAGUAGUGAGUGACUAAUAGAGAGUGCACUUUCCCUCUUUUGUGUGUUUGCUACAGUAUCAACAACAAUGCAAUCAUUUAUCAGCUUUGUGUCUGGACUGUAAAGUGCUGCUGUGUUUAUAUGUACAUUAUCAUAAAAGUAAAAUAUGUGAGGUAGUUUUUAGAGUAUCUCAUUUACAUUGGCUUGUACAUCAGCUUAAUUCAAUUUAAAUGAAGAAUGAAGAAAAUUGUGUCUGAACUUAUUCUUGACCAAAUGAAAAAUUGAAUAUUGUUUAAGUUUGUUGUAAUUAAGCUUCAGACUCUGUUAAGUAAAUGAUGUACAUAAUGCCAUACAAGGGGUUUAAUAUCAUAUUGGGCUCCUCCCUCCAAAUGAGGACAACAGUAAAUCUGAAGGGAUGUGGAUAAACAAAAGGCUGAAUAAGGACAGGCACAGGAGACGAACAGGAAAAGCCAGCUCAUGUCCUUCAGAUGAAGAUGCUCAACUCCUGUGUCCUAAAUGUUACACUCCAAACAAUGAGGACCUUCUCACAGUGUCUAUAUCAGAUGCACAGAUAUGAAAAUAAGACUGGUCCCAUUUCCUACUUCAACCUGUGUUAGACCCACGCAGGAAGGGAGGAAGUGCUCAAAAUCUCUACUCUUUAUACUAAGAAUAAAAACAAUUCCAGUUUAUUAUUACUUCUACUAUGGGACAAAAUGUACAGAAAAAUAUCUUUAUAAAGUAUAGCUCAAAGAAUUUCUGUUUGUAUCUAGUUCCAUUGCACCUCUUGCUGCCCUCCUACAGCCCACAUUGUGAUGGAGAAGAAAAGAUGGCAUGCCAUGUAAGUUAAGCUGGUAAUUAUAGUCUGAUGGUGAGUCAGAUAGACACUGCACUGGGAUUUAAUGGGGAAUUUGUGACCAGCCUCUAAACUCCAUUGUCUCCUGCAGGUCCCAGUGCAGCAAAGGAGGCCAAAGAUAUGUCUAAAAGAGGCUUUGAUGUGAAUAAGUUGGAAUUUCUGCCCUAGAUAAACAUUAUUCAUUCACAUGGGAAAUUGCUAAUGUGAAGGAUCUAAUGCUGGAGAUGCUAAAAAGUGAAAUAAUAGACAUUUAUUAAUAUUAUUCUGUUUUUGAAUAGUUCUCAUAGGGCCUUUUAGCUCUAGUUUUCCAAACCAUUUAUCAAACAUGUGAAAUACAUUUUAUAUAAACUUAAAUUUAUCAAAAUAUCACAAUCAUAUCUUAAUCCUGUUGAAUAAGAUUAACACCCAAUAUAAUAGUGUAUAUUAUUUUAACUUUUCUGUAAGUUUUGGAGUUUGGUUAAGUUUAUGCAUCAUGUCAUUUGAGCCUUGAGUCACAGAAAAGGAGGACACACACAGAUAAUGGUGUGAUGUCAUUACUCAGGUUAAACUACGAGCAUUAACAAUCAGUAGCACAUAUACAACAUAAUUAUGUUUUUGUUACUAACCUGUGUAAGACAAGGGGAAAGUAAUUCACACAGAAAUGAAGGUCUGCCAAAUUACAACA